AUGGAACGUACGGAGAGCAAAAUCCGGGCGGAGGCGAGGAGACCGCGUUGGCAGGGAGGAAAUCGCCGCGUGGGCACAGAAUACCUGGGCAGGUGGGAACAGAAGCUGCCCCCGUGCACCCAAGCACCCAAGCUGCCCCCAAGCCACCGUGCACGUCUCAAACGCUCCGUGCCAAACGCAGCAAGCAGCCGAUCCUGGAACGGGACCCCGCGCGGGGACGACCGGGGACAUCAGCCCGGGCUGCGCCUGCAAGUGGCCGAGUGUGCCCCCUCCCCAGACAAGGGCGCAGCGCCUGGCCCGCCUUCCCAGGCAGGCCCAGCGUGGCCAAAGCCUCCCCAGCAGCCAGAGUCCACAACCGGGCAGGCCGCCCCAACAGUCCCCGGGAGCCCCCGUCAAGCCCAGGGAAGACGCGCUGGAAAGGAAAGUUGGCGUCUCCCUCCCACCGUGGCCCCUGCCCGCCCCCGUCCCCGCCCAUCGGGGCUUCUCCGACCUUUGUCCAGGGAGCCGGGAGUGCGAGGGCUCGGUGCGCCGCGGUGGGUGGGUGGCAGCAGCCCGGCGGCGCCAACAGGUGGGCACCCGGCAGCCAGGGACCCGCCGCCGAGACGCGAGCCGAACUCCCGGGGCGCUCCGCCGGCGCCAGCCCUGAGCCCCGCAGAGAUCGCUCGCCGCUCCGGGCGCAGCCUCACCUCGCGCCGCUCCCAUUCGGCGGGGCCUCGGCACGCAGCGGGUCCUCGACGUCCCAGACGACCCGCCGCCCACGCGGGUCCGGGGCCCGCGGAGCACCGAGCGCGCCCGGGGAGACGAGCAGGGCAACCUCCGCGGCCGGCGGGCGAGACCCGGAGCGCCGUCCCGGCUCCCCAGGACCCGGCACCGGAGCUUCGACGCCCACUCGCCUCACGAGGGCCAUCCCCGGCCCCUAGCUCCUUCGGCUACUCCGUCCUGCGGGCGCCCCCAAGUCCGCUUCCCAGUUCAGGCCCAGCGAUUACCUGCAUUACCUACUCCGCACCCACAAUCAACCUCGCCCCCAAGACUGCCCCCCCCGGGAGGGGGGGACGGGCGGCCGCGUCUCCAGGCAACCGCCCCGCUCCGCCCCCGCAGCCGGCUGGGCCCACCCUGGCCCAACCCCAAAGGCUUUGGGGCUUCGCAAAGUCUCAGUUCAGUAAACUCUAG